AUAUGUACAAAAACAGUACGUCAGUGCGUUCAAAUUCUUCCAAUACAUGUUAACUAUUAAUCGGAAUAAACAUGGCAUUAUGAAAAGGAAUUAUGUUUAAGUGUUAAAAUGUUAAUUGAAAUUUGACUUUGAUUUAAUAACUCUUAAAUUAAAAAUAACGUUGAUUCUUCAUGAACUCAACAACUGAAACCUACCCAUUUAAUACGACAACUGAGGAGGUUAACUCAUCCAAACAGUCGUUGAGUUUCACACUAUCUGGAGUGUUCUUUGUGGUGGUUGUACUAUUCGUGUUGUUUUUCACGAAAAAGGGGCGAACACCCGCACGAGAGGCGUGCGUGUGUGUCGGCAACGUUUGUGAGGGAAUUGGUAAAUGUUUUACUGCGUGCUUCAGGAAGUGCCAAACUUGCUACAAAAAUAUCGCUGACGUGGAUUGCAAAUGCAUGUGCCAAUUGUGUAAGCGCAGCAGUGUCAACACAGAAGCGUCAACGCCGACACGUGCCUACAGCCCCACCACAGCCGCCACCACCUCUACCAGUAUGCAGUCAGACAACCCUCACUUGGAGAUCGACCAGCUGCCACAAGCUUACGGCAUGGAACCACCUCCAUAUCGGCUAGAUCCGGAAGUGGCUCCACCGACGUAUUCGGUGGCCAUGAGAGAUGUGACAGUGUAUGACAUACGGGAAACGGGUAGAGCGGAAUCACCGCCUCCGGCGUAUGACGUCAUUUUUUGUGAUACAUGAGUUAGAAUAAAAGAACAGACGUAGAUUUUACGCUUUUCUGUCGAUUUGAGCGGGGAUAAAACAAAUCUAGAAAAGAUAUGCUUUUAUUGAAUUACUUUUAAAGAACAACGAUAAGUCAAUCUUGGUUAUAAGAAAAUUCACUUGUUCAAGUAGUCAUUGUUUAUGUUUAAACAUCGCCACGUCAAUAUUUAACAGAUAUUUCAAAGAUCGUACACUCCACCCCGUACAAGCUAAAUUAAAGGUGAUUGCUUUUGUACAGACUGUUUAUAUCAAUAAGUGUAUGUAUUCGGUGAAUAAUCUAAUACGCUGAUCAAUCUAUUGUAAAGUGUCAGAUUUUCAUUAUUUUUAUUAAUUUCAUUAUUUUAUUAAAGGUAUAUUAUAGGGUUAAAAUAAUAUGUUUAAAUAUUAUAUCAUCUUACAAUGAAACUCACAUGUAUCGUCUAUACCUUAAGUUUUUAUUCGCCCUCCAUACAAAUCAUGUUUAUAGGUCAUCUAUCAUUUUAAUCAGAAUGGUAUAUGUCUUGCACUGUUUCGUGUACGCAUAUUUAUAUUUAAAGAUAAUUUUCAUAUACACCUUGUUCAAUGUUUUUGUUUGAUGAAUUAAACUGUAUAAAUGCC